GCGCCUCCGGCAAGCACGCUCGCGAGGCAGCUUCCGCCGCGCCCCUUCCCCCGCCCCCGCCACGCCCCCCCGCUCUCUAAUCCCGCGGAGUCUCCGGGUCCCGCGCGCAGGUCGCACCGACCCCGGCUCGCGGCCCGCGCUGUUCCGCCGAUCCAGGCGGCGACGGUCGCUACAGUGGCGGCGACGGCGUCCCGUCCUAGUUCCGCGGCUCUGGACGCCGUGGUGUCCGCGGCUCCCGACAUCAUGACGGCCCAGGGCCAGUCGACGGCAGGGUCGUCGCCUCUGUCCACCGUGUUCCGUCAUGUGCGGUACGAGAACCUGGUGGCGGGCAUCAGCGGCGGUGUCCUCUCCAACCUGGCGCUGCACCCGCUUGACCUGGUGAAGAUCCGCUUCGCCGUGAGUGAUGGACUGGAACUGAGACCGAAAUAUAAAGGAAUAGUGCAUUGUUUAACCACUAUUUGGAAAGUUGAUGGACUACGAGGCCUUUAUCAAGGAGUAACUCCAAAUGUAUGGGGUGCAGGUUUAUCUUGGGGACUCUACUUUUUCUUCUACAAUGCCAUUAAAUCAUAUAAGACAGAGGGGAGAACAGAACGGCUAGAAGCAACAGAAUACCUUGUUUCAGCUGCUGAAGCUGGGGCCAUGACACUUUGUAUUACCAACCCAUUAUGGGUAACAAAGACUCGACUUAUGUUACAAUAUGAUGUUGUCAGUACUCCCCAGAGACAGUACAAAGGAAUGAUGGAUACACUUGUGAAGAUAUAUAAAUAUGAAGGUGUACGUGGAUUAUACAAGGGAUUUCUUCCUGGGUUGAUUGGAACAUCACACGGAGCACUUCAGUUCAUGGCAUAUGAAUUGCUGAAAUUGAAGUACAACACACACAUCAAUAGAUUACCAGAUGCGCAGUUGAGCACAAUAGAAUAUAUAUCAGUUGCAGCGAUGUCAAAAAUAUUUGCUGUGGCAGCAACAUACCCAUAUCAAGUAGUGAGAGCCCGACUUCAAGAUCAACAUAUUUUUUACAAUGGUGUACUUGAUGUAAUCAACAGGACAUGGAGGAAAGAAGGCAUCCUUGGAUUUUACAAAGGAAUUGUCCCUAAUUUGAUUAGAGUGACUCCAGCCUGUUGUAUUACCUUUCUAGUUUACGAAAAUGUCUGCCAUUUUUUACUUGGCCUUAGAGGAGAAGAAGAGUAAGUGUAAAGAAAA